UUGCAAAAUGAAGAGUUCUAAUAUUAUGAGCCGGAUGAGGUCCGAAGUGUGAGAAAAUCCUUGGAACUAGAGAGAGAGAGAAAAAAAAAAAACCCAGUGGGAGUAGGACUGUGUGAGCUUUCGAUUCAGCUCAUGGAGCGGCGCAAACGUGCAAGUUUGAAAUCCUCAACUUGUACUUUCGAAAUUUCGAAUUUUUUUGAUUAAUUUUGCUGCUCUGUUCAUAUGCUUAUUUGGACCUAAUCUGAUAGGUCCCGCCAACGAUUAAUUCCUUGUUUUAGACCACUGAACGAUAUUGUUACACAGUUGUUAGACUUCUUGUUGUCGACUCCUCAUGCAACAACUACUGAGUUACUUGCUGAAAAAGAGCAGGUUGGUUUACCCUGAUACUUGAUUCUCCAGUCGAGCAAGGGGAAAAAGCGCAAGGGGGGUGGCAAAAGGAGUGCAUCAAUGUCAAAAGGGUCAGCUAAGAGUAGCAGAACAGAAGAUGAUUCAGAUGAAGAGAGGAUGAUGAACACGAAGAAGAGGAAACUGCAAAUGGCGUUCCUGAAAGAUCCGAAUCUGAGAAAGAAACAGUUAAAGACAAACGAGGUUCAAAGAAAUCAUCUGCAAAGAAGGAAUCAGCUGCAAAGGCAAAAACGAAGAAAGUUGGAACUUGAAGAGGAUACAGUUAAAGAUAAACGAGGUUAUAAAAAAACAUCUGCAAAGAAGGAAUCUGAUGGAAAGGCAAAAACCAAGCGAGUUGCUACUCCAAAGAAAUCUAGACCACCCACUAAAGGAACACCUGUGAAACCAUCGUCAAAUCGCUCGAAGGUUGACGAUGGCAGUGAUGCGAGUCCAAAGACAUUCUCCAGGAAGAAGAGAACACCUGUGAAAUCGUCAUCGAAUCACUCCAAGGUUGAUGAAAUUGAUGCAAGUCCAAAGACAUUCUCAAGGAAGAAGAAAACCGAGUCUGUCAAGGAAAAGUCGUCAACUCCGAAAAAACCUGCUUCCAAGGAGAAAACAGGGGAAAAGACUGCAAAAGUGAAAGAAAAGUCCAAAGAAGCAAAAUUAAGGCCAAGUGACGAUGAACUCAGGAAUGUGAUAUGCGAAAUUCUUACAGAAGUUGACUUCAGCAUGGCUACCUUCACUGACGUUCUGAAACAACUUGCUGGGCGUUACGAAAUGGAUCUUGCUCCCAGAAAGUCUUGGAUAACGCUGUUGAUCAAGGACGAACUUACCAAACUAGCUGAUCAGGCAGUCGAUGAAGAAGAUAAAGGUGAUGCUAAGAAAGAUGAGACCCAACCUUCUGGUAAACGUGUGAAGUGUGAAGAGGUGACUGUCAAAAGUGAAACAUGACUAGAUGAAAAUGUGUAAUGGCCUUCCAUAGGCUUCCGGGAUCUUGCGAUCUCUUUCACGUAAAGUUGAACUUAUGUUUUAUGCUUUGUAGGUAUGGGUAUGGUUGGGACAACGCAAGUUAAGUUGCAUGAUUGCCUGUUAGGAUGUUAGCAAAUGACAAUUUGCAGAGUUGUUCUUUCAUGCAAAUCGGCUUUUUGUUGACAAUCAGAAGCUAAAUAUGGUUGUCUACUCGUUAGGCAAAUAUGGCAAAUUUGAUAUAUAUUGCAUGUGCUUUUU